GGAAUGUGGCGGAAAGUGGAGGCAGUGUCUGGAAGAGAGGCAGUGUUGCCAUGCGAGGUUGGCACCUCCGAUGCCUCUGACAUGGUGUACGUCGUCCUCUGGUAUCGGAAUGGAGACAAGGAGCCCAUAUACAGCUUCGACAACAGGCCUGGCAGACUGCAGGCAUCGGAGGACAGGCACACGAUUAAGAGUGACAUACUGCAAGGCAGGGUCAACUUCAGGCCGGGGUUGCUGCCCGCUCUCCAUAUCAAACCCGUCAUGACACAUGAUCAAGCCAACUACACAUGCAGGGUCGAUUUCCGAAUAGCGUCCUCCCGAAGAACUCAUCUAAGCCUCCAGGUGGUGGUGCCGCCGGAGGAACCCGUGCUAAGGGUCGGAGGUCAACGCGUCACUGACAGCGUACUAGGGCCACUUCAGGAAGGAAGUCCCUUGGCCAUCACCUGCAGCGUGGCCGGGGGCGUUCCGCCCCCUUCUCUCGUCUGGAUGAGGCAUAAAAAGAUUCUGGACGACUUAGUGGAGUCCCGCUCGGCCGCCAUCACCGUCAACCAGCUGAGCAUAGGACGUCUCACCAGGGCGUUUCACAACGCUAGACUCACCUGUGUAGCAGCCAAUAACAAUGUGACAACGCCCGUCCAGGCGUCGAUAACCGUCACUAUGAACUUGCGGCCAAUCGUCACGAGACUAGAAGCACACCCUAAGGGACUCCGCGUGGGGCGGGACUACGAAAUCACUUGCACCACUGCAGGGUCCAGGCCUCACCCGAAUAUCACUUGGACGCUUGGCAACAUAGCUUCUGUGACGCCACUCCCUGCUCAUACCGAACACGGGGUGAACAAGAGCACCUCCACUGUCCGGAUAACAGCAGCCAGGAGACACCACGGCCAGAGACUGACGUGCACUUCGCUGAACCCUCUUUAUCCGGCCUAUCCGUUGAGCGAUUCCGUUCUGCUCAACGUGACUUACCCACCCGUAGCAACGAUAGAGCUGGGAAGGGGCGUCUCGUCUGUAGUGAAGGAAGGCGAAGAUAUCUACUUCAACUGCAACGUGGACUCCAAUCCGCCGACCUACAAGAUCUCCUGGUAUCACAGGACGCUCCCGUGUGCAGAGACGAGGUAGGAGGAGGAGGAGGAGGAGGUACCGGAGUAUCUUCUUCGUCAUCGUCGUCGUCGUCAUUACCACCAGCAGGAGGGGGAGGACCCACGAAGGUCUACGCCACGGGGCUGGGUCAAUACAUUAACGUGAGCUGCGAGGUGAAGGCAUCUCCCUCAGAAGUCAGGUACUCCUGGGUCUUCAAUAAUUCGGUCACAUCGGAGAGGCUCCCUGGCGACCAAGUCUUCACGAGUCCCGAUGGCAGGAGUGUCGUGCGAUUCCUGGCCCGUGCCCACAAGGACUACGGAACGCUCCAGUGCUGGGCAGAGAACGCCGUGGGCAGGAUGGUCACUCCCUGCCUCUUCCACGUAAUGCCAGCUGGUAGGCCGGAGCGUCCCGUCGGCUGCGCUGUUGUGAAUAAAACGUACGAUUCUCUGGCUGUUGGAUGCACCCCUGGCUUCGAUGGUGGACUGCAGCAGACUUUCCUGGCAAAAGUCUUCGAAGCCGUGACAGGUCGCAGUCAGGUCAACGUGUCAGCUCGGUGGCCCAACUUCACGCUGGAAGGUCUGACCCCAGGUCUGGACUACGUGAUCCAGGUCAUGGCUCGUAACUCACUCGGGGACUCUCCCUCGGUCAAGCUGGAAGCCUUCACCUACAAGAUGGCCGAGAACAGAAUGCGAGACGAGCAAGUGGAGGAGGAGCUCCGGAGUUCUGGAGCGGUGGCUGGAGCCCUUCUGGCCAGUGUCAUCGUCGUAGUGGCCCUUCUAGUGGUCCUGGCCCUCAUCGCUCGGUGCAUUUGGACCAGAAGAAGAUUGGGAGGACUCGGGGAUCCCAGCCGUAGGAAAGGUCGCGGAUACGCCCCCCCGGACAAGCCUGGAAAUAUAUCAGAUGACGAAGAUGUGCAGUUCGAAGUCCCAACGAUAAGUUUAGAAGCUCACCGGGACCCAAUUACACACAUUGCAGACCAAGCCUUGUGAGAAGCAGUAAGAUGUAACGCAACUUCUUGUAGAUCUCUUCAAUAUAUCUCUCUCCUUCUUCGGUAUCCUACGCUGCUAUAUAGUGUCCUUCGAUUUAUAUCAUUUAAUGGUUUCCUCGCCCUGUAAAAAAAUGGAAUAUAAGUGACGUAGUUUUAUUACAGCGAGGAAGUUGUGUUUUUUGCUGUGUGACAUCGUGUGUCUGCGGUGAUAUGCUUCUCUGACAAUACUUCAAGGCAUGUUGUUUGUGGCAUACCCGGCUGGAAAAAAAUAAAAUACACACAUAUAUAUAUUAGUGUUUGCCUCGAUGAGUUCUUUUUUGUAAGUUUUGUAUAUAUGGACUGAGAACACUUUUGACUUCAAAGUCAUUUCGUGUACGAAAGACGAUGAGUUGUUACCUACCGCUACUGCUGUCGUGACUGUCAUUAUAUAUAUGAAAUUAUUUGUCGUUUCUCUUUCGUCUAUCUCCAACUCUUCCAAUCUCCUUCUCGUUUAUAUUAAGAGAAGUACACGAUUUCCAGAAGUUCAAGAAAUAAACAAGAAAAACAUCAUAUAUGUUUCUUUUCCUCUUACUUGCAAUCUCAGGUGACAACCAGCAUCUCCACCAAUAUUCAACGUUGAGUCUCCUGUUUCUCUCUCCCUCCCUCUCUCUCUCUCCUUAUCAUCGUUAUCACUGUAAAUCCCUCUUAUCUUCAGUCUUCUUUACCACCUUCAUCCUCACCAAUAUCAUAUGAUGAGGAGCGGUUAUUUUCUGCGAUUAUUCUUUCCUUACUGAUCACCAUUAUCUUCAUCUGCCUUCUGCUUUUUAGCUCCGUCAUCACACACAUUCUCUCGCACACUACCAUCAUCUUCCCAACCUUCCCGAAUCAUGACCUGGUUCUUUUUCUUCUUCCUCUUCCUCUUCUUUAUCGGGAACACCAUCAUCAGUAUAUAUACGAGUGUAAGAGAAGAGCAUUUUCGUGUCCUCUUCGCAAGCCCCCUUUCUAUCUUCUUCUUUCUUCUCUCCUUCCUUCCUUCCGUCCUCCUGUCUCCUUUCUUCUGUCUUUCGCAACCAUUCAUCCAUAGCUGCUGCUCCUUGUGUCCGAGAUGCGGCGAUGAUGAUGGUAAUAACAAGGUUUCAUAUAUCCCUUCAAAUCCAUUUAACCUUUGUUCUUCUCUCGAGUUACGUCACACACAACAGUAGUGGGUCGUUCGCUCUUCUUCCUCCUCGUCCUCUUCUGUAGGUCAUUUGCGGAUCGUUCAACGCCCCUCCCCCCCUCUCAAGAAGAACAUAUAAGCGUUCAAUGGUGUGAGACUGUGACUGGAAGAUUUUUUUGCGGGGGGGGGGGGGUGGG